UUGCCGCACGCCUGUUUGAGUGUUUUCUAUCGUUCCUUCGUUCCCUUCCCCUUGCCAAGAGUCCGAUCAAAAGCUUCAAAACCCUAGGGCUAGGGUUUUCCUCUCCUUCGUUCCACGCCAAGAAGCAUCCCCCGAUCUCGAUUCGUCCUCCAGCUCGCGAGCUCCAAUGGCGGCCGUGUCGGCCUCGGCCUCUACCGCUCGCUCCCUUAAGGAAUACCUCAAACGGUACGAAUCCGGCGCCGACGACCAGAAGAAGAAAAAGAAGAAGAAGAAGAAGGAGAAGCCCAAGUCCGACGCCAUGGGUGGAGUUCGCGUCGUGGACGAAGACCCCGUCUGGCAAAAGCCCGUCCAGAUCGAAGAAGAAGAGGAAUCCGAUUCCGCUGGCGAAGAAAAACCCCUAAUUGAUGAGGAUAUAGAGGUCAAACGCAUGAAGAGGCUUGAAGCAAUUCGAUCCCGGAGACCCUACCAUGCGAUUUCGGAAGAUGGGAGCGGUUGGAUCUCGAUUUUGGAUUCGUCGAAGCCCUCGAAUGCUGCCGAGGCCGGCCGAGAUCUUUCCCCGCCGCGACAGCGUCAUGCCCGGUUCGACACGCCCUCUCCUGAGCCCAAACAGCAGCCUUUGGAUGCCGACAAUGCUGACCUUUCGCCUCCACGGCAGCGGCGGAAGCGGUUUGAUUCGCCAGAGCCUGAAAGAAAGAUGUCUGGUAUUGGGGAAGCUGACAUGUCGCCGCUUCGGAGGCAGUCUACCGAAGAUCUGUCCCCUCCACGGCGGGCUCGGCGGCGCUCGCUGGAGGGUGAGGCGUCUCGAGGCUCCCCAAUGGCCGACCUUUCUCCACCGCGGAGAACCAGGAAGAGCUCGCCGGAGGACCUCUCCCCUCCCCACCGGGAUCGUCGCCGCUUGCAGGAACGGGCUGACCUUUCUCCUCCAAGGAGAAGGCGGAAGGGUUCACCGGGUGACAUCUCUGCACCACGUAGGGCUCUUUCACCCGAUGCUCAAGGGCCACGCCAGUCUUCUGCCAGAGACCUUUCUCCUCCGAGAAGAAGUCGUAAGGAUUCGUCAGUUGACCUCUCUCUGCCACGCCGGGUUCGUCAGCGCUCGCCUGAUGCUGUAAGGCGUCCGGGGUCUCCUGCUGCUGACCUUUCUCCACCAAGAAAAAGUAGAAAGGAGGCGUCUUUGGGCAACGAAGCACGCCGGACUGGAUUGCUUUCAACUCAGGAGAUCAAAGAUGAGAUCAACCAGAAAAAAAAGGAGGAACUAUCGAGGUUUGCUUCCAUGGAUCCUUCUAUGAGCGGGAGAGGUGCAGCACCUGUGUUUCGUGAUGAGAAAGGAAAACGCAUUUCAAAGGAGGAGUUGUUGAAAUCGAAGGAAGAAGAGAAACCAAAGGAAAAAAAAUUGGAGUGGGGCAAAGGCUUAGCACAGAAACGAGAAGCUGAAGCUAGGGCACAAGAGCUACAACUUGAGAAGGACAAACCUUUUGCACGUACUAGGGAUGACCCAGAGCUUGAUAAGAUGUUAAAGGAGAGGAUCAGAUGGGGCGAUCCAAUGGCACACUUGGUCAAGAACCCUGAGCGUGUUUUGGAAGAUCUUGGUGAUAAUGAGAAAAUGAAAGAAUCUGGUUUUAUAAUUCCUCAGACUAUUCCCAGUCACAGCUGGAUAAAACGGGGAUUAGAUUGUCCUCCAAAUCGAUAUGGUAUCAGACCAGGUCGUCAUUGGGAUGGAGUUGAUCGUAGCAAUGGUUAUGAGAAGGAAUUGUUUAAGAGACAGAAUGAAAAGCGAGCUACUGAGAGGGAAGCCUAUCUUUGGUCUGUUUCUGAAAUGUAAGUACUCAAACGCAAGAAUAGCCAGACCAGAUAAGAGUCCUUUCUCAAAUACCUCUGUAGUGAAGACUUCGAUCAGCAGCAGAGCCAUUGUCAUCAGCAGAGCUCCCAUGACAGCAAUGUGGUGAUCGCUUCGAUGAUUUUUCUUGACCUUGCAUGAGUGGCGCUGUAUUUUUGUUAGCAUCACGAAACAUGUUCCUCGUACAAGGCAAUAUCUUAUGUGGAGCCAAGAAAUAUCAACUGUAAAACUGGGUCAUCUUUAUUCCUGCUCCAUUGCUGCCAAAUGUAAGACUGGGUCAUCUUUAUCAGUUGUACGCUAUUUAAUAUCUUUAUUCCAACCAUUCAGCUGAA